CCCCGUUGGUGGCCGUGCUGUGCCGGUGGCUGGGCGAGCUGCCGAGCUCCCUCGCCGGGGCAGGGCUGGUGGCUGGGGGAUGUCUGCUCAGCACCCAGGCCACCUCUGUCCCCUUCCUCUGCAUCUCCAUGGGACUCCUCCUGGGGCUGGGGUUUGCCUGUCUGUACCAGGCAGCUGCAGUGGUGACAGCCAAGCGCUGUAGGACACGGUUGGCCUUCUCCAACGCCAUUGCUCGCUCUGGGAUGGGGUUGACCUUCCUCAUGGCUCCUUUCACUCAGCUCCUCAUCGAGUUUUAUGGCUGGCAAGGUACUCUCCUGAUUUUUGGAGGCAUCAUGUUGAACCUUGUGCCUUCCAGCAUGUUGCUGAGACCCACCAGCCCUCAAGGGCCUCGAAGCUCCUCUGCACAAAACAGACCCUGUGGGACUUUGUUGCCAAAGAAGGAUCCAGAAACUCCUGAUGGAGUCACUCACAGGGAAUUCCAGCUUGGCACUGCACAGGAGCUUCCCACCAUGGUGGUGUCCCAUGGAAGAGAUGACUUUGGGCCAGGGAAUGCAUCAGCCUUGGGAAGGCUGGAGAAAAACCCCAUGGAGACAGAAACUGAGGCUAAGAGAAGCCACAAAGCUCUUCCACUGCCUAAAAAAGAAGCUUCUCAGCCUCUCCUGGAUUUCUCCCCACUGAAGGAUCCUGUCUUCUUCAUCUUCACCUGGUCUUUUGUGUUCAGCCACUUGGCUUACUUCGUGCCCUUCUUCCACCUGGUAGCCAGAGCCAGGACCUUGGGCAUCAGCAGCAUGGAAGGUUCCUACCUCAUCUCAGUGGCUGGGAUCACGGAGAUGCUGAGCCAGCUGCUCUCAGGGUGGGUUGCAGACCAGAACUGGACCAAGAAGUAUCACUACCACGUGGCUUACCUUGUCCUGAGUGGCAUCACCAACCUGCUGGGGCCCUUGGCCACCACUUUCCCCUUGCUCAUGACCUACACAGUGGCCUUUGCUGUCUUCUGUGGAGGCUUCAUGGCUCUGAUUCUUCCUGUGCUG